AUGUCUACCAUACGGACUCUCAUCACCAUUGCGGUCAAUCGAAAUUGGGAAACAAUACAAUUAGAUGCCUCGAAUGCUUUCCUUCACGGAGAUAUAUCAGAAGAUCUAUACAUGCGACAACCACAAGGUUUUAUCGACAUCAACAAUCCUAAGCUGCUCUGCAAAUUAAACAAAUCCCUUUAUGGACUCAAACAAGCGCCGAGAAACUGGUUUGAAAAAUUCACCGGAUUUCUUCAAAAAUACGGGUUCAGGUCUAGUCAUUCUAACUCAUCUCUAUUUCUCUACAAUUACAACAACAUUCAAAUUUUUCUUCUAUUAUAUGUCGACGACAUUCUCAUGACAGGAAACAAUCCAGCCGCCAUACGAACUCUCAUCUCCGCAAUGCACUCGCAAUUCGCACUCAAAAAUCUUGGCCCGACAUCGCUAUUUCUCGGUAUUCAGGUCAUUCGUCAAUCCACUGGACUCUUCCUUACGCAACAACAUUACGCGGAGAAGCUUCUCAAAGACUCAGGGCUACUUGACAGUAAACCAACGUAUACUCCUACUGCACCAAAAUCCAAAGUUCAGACGAUGCAAACACAGCCAUUCGACGAUCCACCUCUCUAUCGCCGCCUUGCAGGAUCGUUGCAAUACUUAUCUAUAACUCGGCCAGAUAUCGCCUUCGCAAUCAAUCAAGUUUGCCAACACAUGCAUCAACCUACUAUUCAAGACUUCCAAUCGCUCAAAAGACUGUUGAGAUAUAUCAAAGGCACGGUAACCUUCAACAUUCCCAUCACCAAAGGCCCGAUGAUACUCAGGACAUACACGGACGCCGACUGGGCGUCCGAUGCCUCCGAUCGGAAGUCCAUCUCCGGCUUUUGCACCUUGGGACCCAACCUAAUUUCUUGGUCGGUUAAAAAGCAGGUUACAGUUGCCAAAUCUUCCACCGAGGCCGAUUAUAGAUCACUAUCGGCAGCAACAUCUGAUGUUAUUUAG